AAAAGCCUGUCAGUUUAUUUUUUUGGAGAGGAUCUGUGCGCUUUAAACGGAUCUACCAAAAUACUAUAAGGGACAAGAGCAAGUUAUUCCCAGUGUGCACCUUCAUGUGUGUGAACUCUAUGUAGUGAGGUUUCGGGAAUGAUGAACCUGUUUGAUAUUCUGUCUCCAUGCCAACUGGUGCCUCAGGUAGAGACACACCUGAAUCCUCCCGUGAGAAGGUGACCUCUCUUAACCAAGCCAAACUCCACAGGAAUAUGCCCGGACUGCACAAUGGAUUUCAACAGCACAGAGUUGGGCCUAUACACACCCGUCCUGAAAGCAGGAAUCUACCCGGCAUCCUCUCCGUGGUCAAAUCUCCAGAACACGAGUCUCAUCAACCUCAGUGCUGUUGACAAGCUUAAUGGGAGUUAUACUGGGGUCGAAGGUCAAUCCUAUGAUCCACUCGGUGGUCACUCGCUAUGGCAGGUUAUAAUCAUUGUCGUGUUUACAGGACUUCUUUCUCUCAUUACUAUCAUUGGGAACAUAUUGGUCAUGGUGUCAUUUAAGGUCAACCGUCAGCUAAAAACAGUCAACAACUACUUUCUUUUGAGUUUGGCUGUUGCGGAUCUUAUCAUUGGGGUCAUUUCGAUGAACCUGUACACCACCUAUAUCGUCACGGGCCAUUGGACAAUGGGAAACUGGGCGUGUGAUUUCUGGUUAGCUAUAGACUACGUGGCCAGCAACGCAUCUGUUAUGAAUCUUCUCGUUAUUAGUUUUGACCGAUAUUUCUCCAUUACACGACCGCUGACGUACCGCGCCAAACGUACAACCAAACGAGCAGUGAUGAUGAUCGGCCUGGCAUGGUUCGUGUCGAUCGUACUCUGGGCGCCGGCCAUUUUGUUUUGGCAGUACUUCGUAGGCGAAAGGACCGUUCCACCAGAUAAAUGCUACAUUCAGUUUCUCUCCGAGCCAAUUAUUACGUUUUGCACCGCUAUGGCAGCUUUCUACCUGCCUGUGACGAUAAUGAGCGUCCUGUACUGGCGAAUAUACAAAGAGACCGAGAACCGCUCAAAGGAGCUUGCGGGAUUACAAGGCUCCAUCAGCCGGUUUGGCGCAGCAGAGCGACCGCACUUCCAUCUCCACGCAGCUGGGAGGAGCUCACGAAGGUGCAGCAGCUUUGAACUGGGCCAACCUGGCCACAGGCACGGACUAAGCGGGCGAUUUCACGGCUGGGGUUGGAAGUUUAGCAGCAGAGAUAGAUGUGGGCCACAACGGGAAGUGGAUCAGAGCAGCAGCGACAGCUGGAACAACAAUGAAGUUGGUCUUUCGGUAGAUCACUCAGGCUCGUCUGAUGAAGACGAGAGCGCGCCGUCCACCAAGCGGGCGAUUUUCUCCCUCGUCCUCAACCUGCCCGGCAUAAGUGCGGCUGUGAACCCUCAGGUCACUUCCUGUGAAGAUUUGGACGCAGCCUCAGAGGAAGAUCCAUUACGUUCCCCCACAGAGAACGAUGGCGGCAUUUCGCGUUCCGUUACCAACGGCAGCAAGCGUUUCGUCGGGACCAUCAGCAAAGUUCAAUCUAUGUCUACCAUACAGCCGUCAACGACUAGAAUGGAUACGGGCGCAGAUGGUACCAACGCCAACAAAUCUCCACCGGCACCCAUAUCUUUCAAAGAGGCAGCCUUGGCGAAGCGCUUCGCGGUCCGUGCAAGGACGCAAAUGACGAAGCGGAAGCGCAUGUCGCUUAUAAAAGAAAAGAAAGCGGCACAAACUCUAAGUGCGAUUCUCUUUGCUUUCAUUAUAACAUGGACACCUUAUAACAUUAUGGUGCUGGUGAACACUUUCUGCAAUGGCUGCAUACCUGAGAACCUAUGGGCGUUGGGCUAUUGGCUGUGUUACGUUAACAGUACAGUGAAUCCUAUGUGCUAUGCUCUUUGCAAUAAGACUUUUCGCAACACUUUUAAGAUGAUUUUGCUGUGCCGCUGGGAUCAGCAACAAAGCAGACCAAGUUUUCAUCAAAGGCAGGCUGUGAGAUUUCACAGGAACAUACCAACAGAUUCCACAUAGCAGAACGAUCUUGGGGGCGGAGCUAACUUGCAUAUGAUAAAGCUACGUAUGGUCAGUAGCUACGAGGUGGCUUCCAAAAUUUUUUGAAUUUGUGUAUAAGUCUCAUGUGGAUGUUUAGUCUCUUAUGAUCCUAAUCCAAUAGAUUUGAACAUUUAUGUAAAGGCACUGUGGUAACAAUGAAGUAACAAUAAACUGAGCAAGUGCAAUUGUCAACAGUACUUCCUGUGGACUUUUAUAAGACUUUUGCUAAUCUGCAGUGCCAACGUUCAAGAUUUGGUAUCAACAACACAAAAACUGUAUAUCUUAAACCACAAAGUGUUGAUUGAAAUACAAUUAACUCCAUUUGGAAACUUUGGGGUUGGGUAUUGCAUUAUGCUUGUUGAUGAACAGAAACUAAAAUAUGAUUUUUAAACACAACAGUGUAUAUUAUUAAGUAUUCACGUUAAGUAAUAAUAAGGUAUGUAUUUUGCUAGUGAAAUGUGCUGAUUUCUGUGAAACCGUGAGAGCACAGGGGUUAAGUAUGUUUGCUGGAGUAAGUGUUAAUGUUCUGCAACAUGUGAGCCACGGUUUAUCGGUUUGUAGAAAGGCUUUAUUGGUUAUUCAUAAACAGCACUUCCUUAUGCUGCUCUUGUAUAAAAUGUGGUUGUUUACAUUGUUUUGAUACUAGUAUUGCAUAAUAAGUAGGCAUACAGUGCACAUUAAAUACGUUUGUAUUGUUUGGACUUUGGAUUUGUGCACUGAUGACAGUGGGCUAGCUGUGAAAUUUUCAAGAAUCUUUUGUUUUUGUAACUGACAUUAAAGGGAUAGUUCACCCCAAAACGAAUACUUUAUAAUUGUUUUCUCACCCUGGUGUCGCUUGAACCCCCAAUGUUCUUCUGAUCCCAACUGCAGAUUUCUCAAAAGAAGUGUUGGCCACCAUCCACUCCCAUAGUAACCAGAAAACCCAUCAAGCUUUAAAAUGACCCAGAAGUGUUAAAGGUGGGGUACAUGAUCUCUGAAAGCCAAUGUUGACAUUUGAAAUCACCUAAACAAACAUGCCCCUACACCAAUAGAAUCUGAACCUUCAUUUGAUAGACCCGCCCCAACACAUACACAACCCAGGCAACAAUGUCGUUUCGUAGACAGUAGACACUCGGCCUUACUCCCUUUUACAAAAUUGUUUUUCAAAAAUCACACGCCCCGCCUUUAAAUGUUUAUAACUUCACUCACCUUAUGUCAUCUAUUUUAAGAGACAUUUACUCCUCUACUUUCCUGUUGUGGAUAUUGCUGUUGUUUCAGAUGUUACACAUAAUUUAAAACUAAAUAUUUCAUGCCCAAACACCAGUUCAGAAACAGACUCACACCUGUAAGUAAAUUCAGAUGUCAAUCCCGAAAUUUUCCUGAAUGAACGCAGAACUGAAAGGGAAGCAACACUUUAAAAAAAAAAUCUGCAUUUAGGUUCUGAAAGCAGAGACAGAUAUUAGAGGUUCAAAUGAAAUGUAAAUAAUGAAAAUUCAAAUUUUUGGGUGGACUAUCUCUUUAAGGCUAAGUCACACCAGUCCAUGUAUGUCUGAAUUAGCCUUUAGUGUGAUGAGGGAUAUUUCCAUUUACAUUGCUUAACUAAAUCUAAACUUAUUUUAGAUACGUUUGUACAGUAAAUUAAUUUACUAGACUGUAUGGUUAAUCAUCUUUAUUGUCAGUGCCAUGCUUUAACAUCACACUGUAAAAAAUACUUUGCUGCCUUAAAAUUUUUUGUUAAAUCAACUUAGAUUUACAAGUCAUGUCAACAAAGAAGAGUUGUCACAACUUAUAAAAUAUAGUUGAAAAAAGUCAACUUAAUUUUAUACGUUAUACUCACCUGUAGUUAUAACAACUCAUCUCUAGUCAAGAUAAAUCAUAGUAAGUUGAAAUGAUUUGUAAAUCCAAGUUGAUUCAACAAAAAUGUUUAAGGCAGCAAAGUAUUUUUUACAGUGCAGAGGUGGGGUCCAAAAAUGUAAGACUUGUGACAGUGCUUAUAUUUUGCUUUUUUAUUUAAUUCUUUUUUUUUAUUACAGAGUAAUGUAUACUAUCUAUAUUAUAAUUUGAGUAAAGCGUUUUACUCAAAACCGAGUGUAAGCUGAAUUGAAGGAUUUUUUAGAAUUUAGUAUGCCCCCUUUUGCUUUACUGACAGCAUGAACUUGAGCUGGAAUAGACUAAAUCUGUUGAGCCGUGAUAUUUCGCAUGAUUUGAGAAUGUGUCAAAUUAACAUCUUUUGUUCUUCAGUGGAAGUAAGGAUAAACUGAAGCUUUUGGACAUAUUAUAACCUAAGUCCAGUUAGUUACCUGCCUGCAGAUUAGCUUAAAGGAAAACACCACCGUUUUUCAAUAUUUUACUAUGUUCUUACUUCAACUUAGACAAAUUAAUACAUUAAAUGCGUGCACUUAAUCUUUGUACAGCGCAUUGUGAAUGUGUUAGCAUUUAGCAUAGCCCCAUUCAUUCCUUAUAGGAUCCAAACAGAAAUGAAUUUAGAAGCCACCAAACACUUCCAUGUUUUCCCUUUUAAAGAUGGUUACAUGAGUAGUUACAUGAGUAAGUAUGGUGGCACAAAAAAGUGGAAAUUUUUUAAGCAAAUAAAAAUGAGAACUAUAUUGUAUGGUGGAAGAGCACUUAGUUUGCAGCACUUCACCUUUGGGCACAGUAAUAUCAACGGAAGUUUGAGCGAGAGGGGAAGUAGUCACAAAGAAUAUAGAAGCACAAGAGGGGACACUCUCAUUCGUUUUUGGCAACAGUCACUAGGUGGCGCUUCAGUAGGGCGGCCGCCAUUUUGGAAUGAAAAUUCUCACAGCCAAUUCAUUCUCAAUUCAUUCUCAGCGAAUCUCACAGCCAAAUCAGAAGCACAAUAGUAAGUUUCUUAGAUUAAAAUUUGGUUUACUUGCUACACCUACACGAAAUGCUGUAUUGUCUUGUAUGUAUGUGUUGUGUUGUUGUUGUUAUCAGUUGUGGAAUCCAAUCAUUAAAUAGAUACACAUUUGAGGUAGUUUUUUCUUGCUUUAUUAUGUAAAUCUAUUUUAUGCAACUUUACACAUUUAUUAGUUACCAACUCCAGUAGGUAUGAAAUAUAUUUUGUACAUAUUAAUCCCCUGGAUCCCGCUACAAACAUUAUAAUCUUAUAGAACAUGAUGCAUUGUUCUGUCUGUUAU